AUGGUUAUGAGAAGUGUAUGGCCUUGUUUCUUCCGUCGUGAUCUUCUGACGGGACCUUUUUUCCUAUGCCUCACCGAUCUUCACCAAAGCAACACAUUUGUGGAUAAAGAUUGGAAUAUUACGUCUAUUAUUGAUCUUGAAUGGGCAUGCUCCCUUCCAGUGGAAAUGAUGCAUCCUCCGUCUUGGUUGAGUAAUCAACAUGGUGGCUCGAUCGACCCGGGUGUAUAUGGGUCGCUUCAUAAGGAGUUCAUAGAUCUACCGAGAGAAAAGGAACAGACAUGCUCCAAAGAGCGACAGUCUUCUGUUCGGUUACAUUCUAUCUUACAUCAAGGGUGGGAAAACGGAACAUUUUGGUGCUCGCCAGCACUAAGUGCUCCCGCGGUACUAUUUGGAAUCUUCUAUAACCAUAUUCAGCCCCGUUUUUCCGAGGCCCAUAAAGACGAUGAAGAGUUGGAAGAAGAGAUCUGGUCGAUUAAGAUGCAAUAUUGGGGGUUCAAUGCCUUCGAUUUAAUUAUGAGAAAGGUCGAAGAGGAAGAAAAAUACGACAAAUGUUUGCAGGAAGAAUUCCUGGGCCUGGAUGGGAAAUAG